UUCUAACUUUUUCCACAAGGCGUGAUGACACUAAAAUCACAUCUACCGGAUUUUCCAUGGAUUUUUCUAUACCGUGUUUCGAGUCCACUUUUUUCGUGACCGGUUGCUUGAGUUUGUUCUUAUUACUCCGUGAAGAGGAUCCACGAAUCUUGCAACACUAUUUCCAUCAUGCUUUAUUCAUAUUUAUAAAUACAUACAGCUCUUCUUUAAGUUUCGAUUCUUUAUGUGCGUCUUUAUAGUUUAAAAUUCCAACAUCAUGUCAACAUUGGAGGAUAAAAUUUUGGGAGAAAAAUUACACUACUACUGCAGCAGUUCCAGCGAAGAUGACGGAAAUGAUUCUGGAGAUUCCGAUAAAGAAUGUGAUGAUGUCAAAUAUACUGACAAUACUGCACAAUAUAUUGCACCUUCAUAUUCAGAAUGGGAUGGAACUUCCAGUAACACAGGACCUAAAGGUGUUAUAAAGGAUUGGCAGCGAUAUAAACAGUUAGAAGCAGAAAAACGAGAAUCACAAGAGAAAGAAAGAUUACAAUUGAUCAACAAACUGAGUUUAACGUGCCGCAGUGCUUUAGAUGAAGAAAAAGAAAAACUGAAUGAGACAGAUCCAGAGUUGGCAAAUUUAUUAACUGAUGAAUUUCUUCUAGAAUAUCAGAAACAAAGAAUGAAAGAAAUGCUUGCAAAAACAGAGAAACUUUAUUUUGGAAGAGUUAUCGAUUUGGAGAACACAGAUCAGUUUCUACAAGCCAUUGAUGGAGAAGACAAAUCAAUAAUUAUUAUCAUUCACAUUUACGAGGAUAAUGUAUCUGGCUGCGAAGCCAUGAAUGGAUGUUUAAUAUCUCUUGCAGAAAAAUACCCUUACGUCAAAUUUUGUAAAAUUCUAGGUUCAAUUGCAGGUCUCAGCAAACAAUUCAAAAAAUUUGGUGUACCAACAUUGCUGGUGUACAAAAAUGGACAAGUAAUAGGAAACUUCAUUCAUGUUACGGAUCAUCUGGGAGUAGAUUUUUAUUCAUCGGAUGUGGAAGCAUUCCUUAUCGAACAUGGAAUUCUCGCUGACAAAAAUUACGUACCUCUUAUUGUUUUGAAGAAUGAAAAUAGGGUUUCCGAUAGCGAAUAAAAAGUUAUUCUGUUUUAAGAUAAGUCAUUAAUACAUUUUAAUAAAUCAAAUUAACUUAA